CUGUGCUCCUGAAUUCCAAGUUUUAGAACAUCAGAUGCUAGCUAGUUGGUGGGCGCUAGGAGUUGCUGGCGGUGUGUUCUCAGCACGGUUGACUAGCUUGCAAUGGCGCUGUGGACCGGCCGAACCCUUUCCUCUUUAUUACUAACAUUUGGAGUUGUUCUGAUCGCCAGUGGCCCACAGCCCGUGCUUUCGUGCCCGAGCCGCUGUUUGUGCUUUCGUACCACCGUCAGAUGUAUGCAUUUAAUGCUGGAGACUGUACCUGCCGUUUCUCCUCAAACGACCAUCCUAGAUCUGCGGUUCAACAAAAUAAAGGAUCUCCUACCUGGCUCCUUCAGAAGACUAAAAAAUCUCAACACACUGCUCCUGAAUAAUAAUCAAAUAAGAAGAAUCCCAAGAAGUGCCUUUGAAGAUCUAGAAAACCUGAAAUAUCUCUAUUUGUACAAGAAUGAAAUCCAGUCAAUUGACAGACAAGCAUUUAAGGGACUUGUGUCUCUAGAACAACUGUACCUCCAUUUCAACAAUAUUGAGAGCUUAGAGCCAGAGUCUUUCACUCACCUCCCGAGGCUGGAAAGACUGUUUUUGCACAACAACAGAAUAACGCAUCUUGUGCUUGGUACCUUCUCCCAUCUGCAGUCUAUGAAACGCCUCCGCCUGGACUCCAACACGCUGAACUGCGACUGCGAGCUGCUGUGGCUGGCCGACCUGCUGAAGCAGUACGCCGAGUCCGGGAACGCCCAGGCGGCCGCCACCUGCGAGUACCCCGCCCGCCUGCAGGGCCGGUCCGUGGCCACGCUGACCGCCCAGGAGCUCAACUGCGAGGUCCCCAGGAUCACCUCCGAGCCCCAGGACGUGGACGUCACCUCAGGGAACACCGUUUACUUCACGUGCAGGGCCGAGGGCAACCCCAAACCCCAGAUCAUCUGGCUGAGGAACAACAAUGCUCUGAACAUGCGCGACGACUCUCGCCUGAACUUACUUGAAGACGGAACACUGAUGAUCCAGGACACGCGCGAGACGGACCAGGGCGUGUACCAGUGCAUGGCCAAGAACGUGGCCGGGGAGGUGAAGACCAGCGAGGUCACCCUGCGAUACUUUGGGGCGCCGUCACGGCCCAGUUUCGUGAUCCAGCCCCAGAACACCGAGGUACUGGUUGGGGAGAGUGUCACUUUGGAGUGCAGCGCCACAGGUCAGCCCCACCCCCGGGUCUCCUGGACCAAGGGCGACCGGACCCCUCUGCCCACCGACGCCCGCAUCAACAUCACUCCAUCGGGGGGGCUCUACAUCCAAAACGUCCACCAGGCUGAUGGGGGCCAGUACACCUGCUUCGCCAGCAACAAUGUGGACACCAUCCACGCCACCGCAUACAUCAUCGUUCAAGCGGUUCCUCAGUUCACGGUCACUCCUCAGGACCAGUCGGUUCUGGAGGGUCACACAGUGGACUUUCCCUGUGAAGCUACCGGGUAUCCCCAGCCGGUCAUUGCCUGGACUCGAGGGGGGAGUCCUCUUCCCGCGGACCGUCGCCACGUGGUCCUCUCCACGGGCACCCUACGCAUUGCCCUCGUGGCGCCCCACGACCAGGGCCAGUAUGAGUGCCAGGCUGUUAGCCCUGUGGGCACCGUCAGGACUGCUGUUCAGCUCGCAAUCCAGCAGAGAGUAACGCCUGUUUUCACAAAUGCUCCAAGGGACAUGACGGUGGAGUCUGGCACGGACACGCAGAUUCCGUGCAGCGCUCAGGGAGAACCCGAGCCUGUCAUCACGUGGAACAAGGAUGGUGUUCAGGUGACUGAGAGCGGGAAGUUCCACAUCAGCCCGGAGGGCUUCCUGGAGGUGAGGGACACCGGGCUGGCGGACGGCGGGCGCUACGAGUGCGUCGCCCGCAACAGCAUCGGCUACUCCUCGGCCAGCAUGGUCCUGACCGUCCAGGUCCCUCAGGUGAGCAGGACCGGGGACGUGUUUGUGGCCACGUCCCUCGAAGAGGCCAUCCGCAGCGUCGAUAGCGCCAUCGACUCCACCCGCCGGCACCUGUUCGACGGUCAACCCCGCACCCCCGGAGAGCUGCUGGCCCUGUUCCGCUACCCCAGGGACCCGUACACCGUGGAGCAGGCCCGCGCUGGCGAGAUCUUCGAGCAGACCCUCCUCCUCAUCCAGAGGCACGUCAACCAAGGCCUGACUGUGGACACCAACGGGACAGCUUUCCGCUACAACGACCUGGUGUCCCCCCGCUUCCUGGACAUGAUCGCCAACCUGUCGGGCUGCACGGCGCACCGGCGCUUCAACAACUGCUCCGACAUCUGCUUCCACCAGAAGUACCGCAGCCACGACGGCACCUGCAACAACCUCCAGCACCCCAUGUGGGGCGCCUCGCUGACCGCCUUCGAGCGCCUGGUCAAGUCCGUCUACGACAACGGCUUCAACCUGCCCCGCGGCGCCACCGAGCGCCAGCACAACGGCGUCCAGCUGCCCCUCCCCCGCCUGGUCUCCACGUCGAUGAUCGGCACGGAGACCAUCACCCCGGACGACCGCUACACGCACAUGCUGAUGCAGUGGGGCCAGUUCCUGGACCACGACCUGGACGCCACGGUGGCGGCGCUCAGCCAGUCGCGCUUCUCGGACGGGCAGCUCUGCAGCGCCGUCUGCACCAACGACCCGCCGUGCUUCCCCAUCGUGUUCCCGCCGGGCGACCCGCGGCAGGCCCGGAGCGGCGGGGCGCGCUGCAUGUUCUUCGUGCGCUCCAGCCCCGUGUGCGGGAGCGGCAUGACCUCGCUGCUCAUGAACUCGGUCUACCCGCGCGAGCAGAUCAACCAGCUCACCUCCUACAUCGACGCCUCCAACGUCUACGGCAGCUCGUCCCACGAGUCGGAGGAGGUCCGCGACCUGGCCAGCCAGCGGGGGCUGCUCCGGCAGGGCAUCGUCCAGCGCUCGGGCAAGCCCCUCCUCCCCUUCGCCACGGGCCCGCCCACCGAGUGCAUGCGCGACGAGAACGAGAGCCCCAUCCCCUGCUUCCUGGCCGGCGACCACCGCGCCAACGAGCAGCUGGGCCUGACCGCCAUGCACACGCUCUGGUUCCGCGAGCACAACCGCGUGGCCACCGAGCUCCUGCGGCUCAACCCGCACUGGGACGGCGACACCAUCUACCACGAGGCCCGCAAGAUCGUGGGCGCCCAGAUGCAGCACAUCACCUACAGCCACUGGCUGCCCAAGAUCCUGGGCGAGGCGGGCGCCAAGCUGCUGGGCGAGUACCGGGGCUACGACCCCAACGUCAACGCCGGCAUCGUCAACGCCUUCGCCACGGCCGCCUUCCGCUUCGGCCACACGCUCAUCAACCCCGUCCUGUACCGGCUGGACGAGAGCUUCCAGCCCAUCCCGCAGGGCCACAUCUCGCUGCACAAGGCCUUCUUCUCGCCCUUCCGCAUCGUCAACGAGGGCGGCAUCGACCCGCUGCUGCGCGGCCUGUUCGGCGUGGCCGGGAAGAUGCGCGUCACCUCGCAGCUGCUCAACACCGAGCUGACGGAGCGCCUCUUCUCCAUGGCGCACGCCGUGGCGCUCGACCUGGCCGCCAUGAACAUCCAGAGGGGGCGCGACCACGGCAUCCCGCCCUACAACGACUACCGCGUCUUCUGCAACCUCACGUCCGCCCACACCUUCGAGGACCUGAGGAACGAGAUCCGGGACGCCGGCGUCAGGGACAAGCUGCGGAGGCUGUACGGCACGCCCCUGAACAUCGACCUGUUCCCGGCGCUGAUGGCUGAGGACGUGGUGCCCGGCAGCAGGCUGGGGCCCACGCUCAUGUGCCUGCUGGCCACCCAGUUCAAACGGCUGCGGGACGGUGACAGGUUCUGGUACGAGAACCCCGGGGUGUUCAGCCCGGCGCAGCUGACGCAGCUGAAGCAGACGUCGCUGACCAGAGUGCUCUGCGACAACGGGGACAACAUCACGCGCGUGCAGUCCGACGUUUUCCUGGUGGCCGAGUACCCCCACGGCUACGGCAGCUGCGACGACGUUCCCAAGAUGGACCUGCGCAUGUGGCAGGACUGCUGCGAGGACUGCCGGACGAAGGGCCAGUUCAAUGCCCUGUCCUUCCACUUCAGAGGACGGAGGUCGGCAGAGCACAGCUACGCUGAGGAAAACCCGGCCAGUCGCGCCAAGAGGCGGGAAAAACGCAGCACUGCAGAAGAACCCAGCGAAAGGCUUGCAAACGUCACUCUCGCCACAAAACCAAGCACUGAACCCGCGCUGAAUGACUUCCAAGACUUUGUAGUAGACAUGCAGAAGACUAUCUCAAGCUUACGAAAGCAGAUUAAAAGACUUGAAGCCCGUCUGAGCAAAACAGACUGCACAGACGAGGAGGGGCGGGAACGCUCCAGCACAGAGAGGUGGAAGAAGAACGCCUGCACCACGUGCGAGUGCCGGGACGCCCAGGUGACGUGUUUCGUGGAGACCUGUCCCCCGGCGACGUGCCCCAAGCCCGUGAAGCUAAAAGGAGCGUGCUGUCCCAUGUGCCUGACCCAGCCGGCACGCGUCCACCGCGGAGCGUAACGAAACCCCGCCCACCUCCCGCGCUCAGUAUUCCACAAAGACCCCGCUGGCACUCUGGUCUCCAGCGAAACACUUCCCCUUUUUUUUUUUUUUUUUUAGUCUUCCAUGUUUUUAUUUGGUUUUUUUAUUCCUUUUUUUUGGUUUGGUUUCAUCUUGAUUCGCCUGGCCCUAAGGCUACCGGCCUAAGACUACCUGGGUUUCCAGUCAGCUAAAACAGGAACGCGUGAGAUGUCAGCUUCCAAACAGGUGUGCGUCGGACCCCCUCGCCCCCCCCCCCAUCGAGGGACAAAUGUGUGUGUGUGUGGAAGCCACGAAGUGUCCUCCAGCACGCAUCAUUUUCGCUGCGCAGCACCCCAAACGCUUGGUCCGAAGAAGAAGGAAUCCCACUACAGCGAGUGUGAAAGGGAAGUAGAUAAGACCACCUUCGGCCAUGUUGUGUUACAAGGCUUUCUCAGGUUAGAGAUGACGAAAAAAAAAACUGGUGCUACUUUCCCUCCCAUUAACAAUUUAGUUACUAAAUACAACCUUAAAAGUAUUGUUUCUAUUUUGUUUUGUUUUUUUACGAUAUGCAAAGCUUCAUAUAUACAUUCAAUAUGUGCCUUUUAAUCUUAAAUCACAUUUGAGAGAAUUUUUUUAAUUACUCUGAAGACAUUUUAUAAAUAAAAUGAAUAGAGUUACUUCAGCUUUUACUAAACUUUCAUGGUGCUUUAUAUCAUAUUAUAAAUAUAUAUUUCCCCUUUGUAUUACCUGCUUACAUAUGAAGAUAAUGUGAAGACUUUAAAAAAUCACUUUUGUAAUGCAAAAAAAAAAAGUCUACUGAUUACCUAAUGUGUAUUCUCCAAUGGCAACUGUUGGUUAACUAACACCUGGUAUUGUGAUUUGUUUUUUCUUUUGGUUUUAUUUUUAUUUUCUUGCUCAUUUUUAUGUGUCUUAGUCACUUAAGCAGUUUUAAAAGUUUUUUUUGGGGGGGCGGGGGUGGCACCUCCCAUUUUGCGUGACCUGACUCGAUGACCCACCGAGUUUGGAGAGGCGAACACCCCACCCCGCCCCCCACCUGUCUUCCCUCCAUUUUUAUUUGCAUUUAAAAAAGAACACAGGAAUGCGGUUAUUUACUGAUGUAAUGGUUCAGUCUCUCCCCCCUUUGGCUCAAAGCUUUUUUUUCCACUCGCGUGCCAAAGUUCGAGUUUUCAGCAGUAACCCGACAGCCAUUCCAGAGGUCUGAGGGAUUUGAGUCACAGCUCCUCUCUUGAUCUGGGACGGGACUUUUUUCGCAUCUGCAUUGAAGGAUUUUUGGCCAUACCUCAGCAACAAGACUGCCUCAGGACAUCACAGAUGGGAGAGCGAGGGCUCACAAGCCGCGGGAUGGGUGCAGCCAACGCGUGCCAUCGGUUUCCUGAUGUUUUUUUUUUUUCGUUUUUUUUUUUCUUCCCGCCUCAGUUUGAGAGGGCACAGCCAGCCACCACCUUGUAAACUGCAGGGAACUGUGCUACUUGCCUAGGCGGAUUGCAGCCGCCCAAUUGGCUGUUGGUGUCGGAAGGAUACCUUGCUGAAUGGGCUGAGGUGCAACCAAUCACGUGUCACCUCACAGGACUCCUGGCAACAGCUAACUGAUGUGUUUCAGUCGAUUGAGAUUUGGGUGUCUUUAACGAAACGCCACGAUCGGCUCAGAUCGCAGAGUCAAUGAUGUAUAGCUUCACCCAUUCAGGUUGGUGAAGCCUUGCUCUCCCAUUGCUACUGAGCUUGUCUUUGCCUCCAGAGCUUUUGGGUUAUAGUGUCAAACCCACAGUGACUCAGCUGCGGUUCUCAGAGUUCUCACGACCCUGUGUGUGAGUCACAUCCUCAGGACGUCCAUCUCCCUAGUCUGGACAGUGCCCUAGAAAGACACAGCUAACCCCCCCCUUGAAACACUUAAAACAUUGUAACCUUUUCUCAUGAAAUGUGGAUUCUGUCAUGAUACAUUGACUCCCAAUCAAAUGUUUGCCCGUGUUUUCAGUUCAGCUUGCAUCACCAAAGUCAUCUCGCCAAGCCAUGUUUGUCAGAGAAAAGUACAGUCCCAGUAGAAAUUAUGUUUUUAAAGUCAAAGUUUUGAAAGCACAGGAUUCAAGGCCUGCAUGUACUGCCUUUUUUUUUUUUUCUCCUGAACAAAUCCAUAUUCAUCACACUUUACUUCAGGGUGAGGUAUUUGUCUCUCAUUGUUGAGCCUGCGGCAACAUUCAAGUGCCGGUGACGUUAUCCUAUGCAACUGCAAAGUUCAAUCCCCUCAACCCUCAAUUACAAGCUAAUGAAAGCCAUAUGAUGGGUGACGUCCAUCGCUUCUCUUUGCUCAUUUGCUUUUUUUUUGUUUGUUUUGUUUUCCCCUUUUUAAUUUUAAUUUUUUUACACAAAUAUUUUUGUUUCCAGAAAGCCCGCUGGAAUAGAGAAACGGCAAAUGGUGCGCCAAAAGAAGUCAUGCGUUGCUGAAGAAUGUAGCACAUUGCUUAUUUUGAGGCAUCGUAGCAAUAUUCGCAGAUUCUUUUUCACGGAACUACCUGUUCAUACUGAAUUAUUUUGCCCCAACACUGAACACGGUGAUCCGGACGAGGAGGGCGUCUGCUGCGUGCGGAGAACGUGCUCCCGGCCGCGGCGAAGCUUCGCUCGACUGCUCGGAGUCACUGUGGGAAUGCACUGUGCUGUGUGAAUGAGUCCGUAGAGCUGCAGUUUCCAUUUGAAGUGUUUGACUGCUGUUAAUUGUUGUUGUUGAUGUUUCUUUUUAUUUUUUUUUAUUUUUUUUUUUAAUGACAUUCAGCUGUACUGUGACUGCUGGCUGCACUCAUUAGUGGUUAAGAGUUACUGUAACUUCUUUUCUCACUGCAUUUGGCAUCACUCAAACAAGGCCAGAGGUCAGAAUGUGUAACAUGCAGUAUAUAUUAGACAAGCAUUGCAGGUGUUAGGGGAGCAGUUCAGGUUCCAAGAAAAAAAAAAAAAACAACUUCAAAGAAUACAAUAAAGAGCAUUAGGUGAUUAAGGCGCAUUGAUUUGGCCUGACUUUGAUGCAUAAAGACAACCUGACCCAUCCUCCCCAUUUUAUUUCAUUUCCUCCAGCAUUAGUGGUAUUCCACCUUCCUUGUAACUUUUCGAGCUCUGUUGUGUUGACUCAUUUUAGCAGUUUCUGAAUAAAGUAGUUUCCCGAUUGGACAGAUACUUUGUUUGCCUUUCUCGAUUGGACUGACAUACUUUUCCCCUUUCCUAAUUGGGCAGCCUUUCUGGAUUAGACAGACUCGUGCUCGCUCACCGUUCACCAGAGUACAUGCUGUAUGUCGAAGCGAGCACGGACCAGAUUUGUCUAAUUUUCAAUCACACGGCUUCUUUUUUCUGUGCUCCUCGUUCCUCUCAAUAAACCAUGUACUGGUAGGAGAGGGAGAUGGAGGAGGAGGCAAUCCUUUCUUUCUUUCUGUCAUAUUACUUCUCUGAAUAUUUGUACACAACCCCUUUUGUGAUCUAAACCCCUCGUCUCAACCCCCGAAACCCUUUGCCCCACCGUCAAGGGAAACGCACUGCUCUGCCGGCCUGACCACGCUCUACCUACACUGUUUCAGAGCAAGCGUUCAGCAGCAGAAACCUCGCUGACCUUUUGUAUUGUACGAACCGUUACGUUUGCCAAAGAAAUGUUUGCACUGUAAUGUAUGCCUCUCAACCAAAUUAAAUAGGCCACAUUUUAAAUAAAAUAUGAAAAAACUA